AUGUACAUGGAAAAUAUCGAUAAAAAUAAUUUAAGGAAAAUUGAAGAGGGGAAAAAUCUGGAUACAGAUAAAAACCCAAAUAAUGCAUAUUCUUUAUAUAAUAAAAACUUUGAAAAUUUAAAAACAAAUCAGAAUAAAAAAAAUAAUUUAAUUAUAAAUAUUCCAAAUGCUAACGAUAUUAAUAAUAAUAUAAAUAAUAAAUUAAGUAAUAAUAAUAAUAAUUCCGAAAUGAAAUACGUCACAAACCCCGACUUGUCGAAUGCAUACAAUAAUAUAGAAAUGAUAAAUAACAAGGAAGGUGAAUUAAAAUAUAAUAGAAAUGAUACUUUAUAUAAUUAUGUAAAUCGGGAAAUAUCUGUAGAAAAUAUAGAUACUUUAGAAAAUUUACAUAUAAGCAAUGAUAUAUAUUUACGUAAAUAUACGGAUAUAAAAGAUACUAAUAUUUUGAGAAAUUAUAAUAAUUUAUUAUCCAAAGAAUCCCUGGAAAAAUAUAAUAUAAAUUAUAUUUUUGACAAUAACAACGGGAAUAGUAAUACUAUUACUGACAGUAAUAGUAGUAAUAAUAAUUUAAAUUUUAAUGAUAACAAUAAUAAUAGUGAAAGGAAAAUAAAUUAUUAUAGAGCAGAAAAUUUUCCUAAUAUUCCCAAAAAUAUAGUAUAUAGAGAUAUAAAUAAUGAUUGUAUGCUACAUAAUGAAAUAAAUUAUGAACAACUAAAUGAAUUGUGUUAUGAAAAUAACAGUAAUAAUAUAGAAAAUAACAAUUCUAUUAAAAAUUCAGAAGGUAAGGAUAAUACCAAUUUGCCGAAUAGCUUAAAUAGCAUUUUACCUGAUAUAAAACAAAAAAAAAACCUUGAUUUUACGCAUCUUUCAUAUUAUAAUAAUUUAAAUGAAAACAAAGGCGAAAAUUUAAAGUAUCCACAUAUUGACUCGUACAAUAUUAAAGAUAUGCAUGAUGAUAAAAUGAAUGACUGUAUUCUAAAUGUAAACCGUACUGACGACAAUUUCAACACUAAUAAUAAUAUAAAAAAUAAUGAUAUCGAAGAUUAUGAUGUUAAUAUGAAAUUAGAAAAUGGUAUUAAUGCAAUAAAUAAUAUUAAACAAAUGAAGAAAUAUGAUAGUAAUGAACAAAUUAAUAAUAUAAAUAACAACAAUAAUGAUAAUAAGAGCGAAAACAACAAACUCAAUGAUGAUAAAAAUUUUCAGCAUGACGCAUUAAAACCAGACUAUUUAAAUUAUAUGGAAAAUAAGAUGGAUUUAAAAAAUCUAAACAAUGGAAAUUAUUUUAAUAUUGAUUAUUAUAACCAAACAGGGUUAUAUAAUAACUCUAUGGAAAAUAUAACACAAGAUGAGUUUUCAGAGAAAAUAAAUAAUAUAACCCAACUCCAUGAUAUGAAUCAUGCAAAUAAUGGAAUGCGCUUAAAUAUUGGCAAUUUAAUUCAUAAUAAUAAUGAUGAAGAAGGAAAUGGCAUAAAGGAUGAGAAUUUUAAUGAUAAAAUAAACAUCCAAGAAAAUUAUAAUAAAUAUGCGAAUUAUGUAUAUAAAACAUGCUAUAACUUAAUAGAUAAUAAAAUAUUAAACUCUGAGUUAUAUUAUAGCAAUCCCAAUGAUAUAAAAAAUAUUUCGCUUAUUGCAAAAGAUGGAAAUAUAAUGUAUAAAGAUAAAAUGAAUGCUGUUUCAAAUAUAAAUGUAAUACCCAACAAUACGGACCAAUUAAAGAAUUUGAACGGUAUAAAUGUAAAUAAUAAAUAUUCUGAAAAUGAAAUAAAUAUGGGUAUUAAUAACUAUAAUAAUGAUGAAGAUAAUAGUACCAUAAAUCAUAACAAUAGCGAUGGAAAUAGUAGUACUACUGUUGCCAUUAGUAGUGCAAUGGAUAGUGAUAAUGCGAAGGAAAAUAAUAUGAAUAUAGAAUAUAGUAAUUUAAAUAAUGGUAAGAAUGAAAUAAUAGAUGAUGAAAAUAUUUGUAACAUAAAUAAUGGGCAAAACAAAAUUUAUCCAUUAUCAAUUAAUUUAAAUAAUAUUCAUUAUAUAGAAGCUAACAGCAAUAUGCCUGAAUAUGACCCUAAUAAUAAACUAUACAACUAUUCACAAUUUUAUAAAAAAAAUUAUAUAUAUAAUGAGAUUAAAGAAAAUAAUGAACAUAUACAAGGUAGCGAAAUGAGAGCAGAUUAUAUUUCCAAAAAUGGAAACACUGAAAAUAAAGGUAAUGAUAGUACCAAUAAUAGCAAUACAUAUGCUGAUGAAUAUGACACAGAAAUCGAAGAAAUGAUAUUAAAAAAAAACGAAUUUAAAAAGAUGAUAUUAAAUAAUGAAUCAGAAUUUACAACUAUAAACGAAGAUGAUGAAUUAUACAAAACUGUUCUAUAUUUUGAAAAAAAGAAUAAAAAGAUAUUAAAAAUGAGAAAAACAUUAAGACGAAAAAGAAAGCUUAAAAAAUUAGAAAAUGCAGAAAAUGAUGAUGAUAAUAUUAAUGGUUCAGCAAAGAUUAUUCAAGAAAAUAUCCCAAAUGACAAAAUUCCAAAACGAGCAAAUAAUUUAAUGCCUAUAAAUAAUGAAUACAUUCCCAAUGAAGGAUUAAAUGGUAUAAGCAUGAAUUACAACCAACAUGAAAAAGGAUACGAUUUUUCACAUAUUUCGAAAAAUAAUAAUGGUAAUGGUCUAUUAAGUUCAUGCCUGGGUAAUGUAGAUGAUAAAAAUAUAGCAAAUGAAAACUUAAAAGAAGACUCGUUUUCGAAUUUUAAUAUAAAUAACGAUAUAGGAUUACCCAUUUAUGGAAUAAAAAGAGAACAUACAUUUUCUAUUUCUGGUGUGAAUUUUCAAAAUAAUAUUAAUGAUGUGGGUGAUUGUACUAAUACAAAUGAUGUUUACUUAUCGAAUCAAUUAAAUGGAACAGAUAAUCAGAUGGUGAGAAUAAAAAGUGAAGAAACAUUGAAAAAUGGAGAAACUGAAACUACCGAAUUAAACACGGGAAAAAAGAAACCCGGAAGAAGAAAGACCAGAGAGAAAAAGACAAAAGAUAAUAAUGAUGGCAACUUAAUAUAUGAUAACCAAGUUGAUAAUAAGCAGGUUGAUGGCGCAAUAAAUGAGGAAUCAAACGAGCCCAAAAAUGGAUCAGUUAGAAAAAGGAGGAGCCCAAAAAAUAAGAAUAAAAAUAAUAUUAUUUCCAACGGAUUGGGUAUUGAUUUAGUAGAAAAUAAUAAUUUAAAUUUUGAAACCAAUAAUGAAAUAAAUUUGCAAGCAAAUAAUAAUAACAAUGAAGUAAUUUUGAAUGCUGACUAUAACAAUGACACGUUAAAUAAUCAUAUACAUGUUAAGCAUGAAUUAACAAAUGAACAUUUAAAUGAAAAUAAUUUAAUUAGCUGUUCAAUGCUUGCAUAUAAUGGUAAUAAUACAAAUAAUCCGGAAUUGGAUCAGGGCUUAUCAAAUAAUAUGACUACUAUUGAGCCAUAUGGGAAUAAUAUGCUAAUAAGUGAUGAUGCAAAUAUGCCAACAAAAAGGAAAAAUAGUAUAACUAAGCUUAAUUCGACAAAUCAAGGAACAGGUAAUACACCAAAAAGAACCACAAAAAGAGAGCCCAAAAAUUCUCCAAAAAAAAAUUCAAAUAAGGAUGAUAAUAUAACACAAGGAGAUAUGGUGAUGGUUAAAACAUGUCCUAUUAGAAUUGAUGAAAUAAAAACGGAAAUUUUGACAAGUGAGGAUGAAUUAAAAAAUCGAAAUAAUAAUGAUGAGAAUGUUGAUUUAAUAACGAAAAACGAAAAAAAAAAACGAAACGUAAAUAUAUUUAAGAUGAAAAAAGAGAAGUCCGAAAAAUCUGGAGAGAAAAAAGUGAAAAUAAAAAUACCCUUCGAGGAAUAUUAUAAAAAAUGUAAAGAAAUAUAUAAUAACAUAGACACAUUAGCAAAAAUUGAUGAUGCUAAUAUUCCUUCUAUUGAAGAUGAAAAUUUUAUUGGCAAUUUAACAGACCUUUUAGAAAAAAAAGAAAACUUAAUAUGCUCGAAUUGCUUAUAUGCUUAUAAAAUACAAAUCGCCCCAAAGAAAAAUGAAAAAAAUGAUGAAAGCAAUGAGCUAAAUGAAUUGAAUAAAGUAUCAUGCGAUAAAUGUAGUGAGCAAAAGGAUGAAAAUAUUGACAAACUGGCGAGUAAUACGAAUGAUUCUACUAAUGAUGAUAAAAUUGAAAAUGCCGAUAACAAUGAUGAAAAAGAUAAUAAAACCUUGAAUGAAUCUUCGAAAAAUGGAAAUUAUAUUGAUAUUAAUACUUUUAAUGAAAUACUAGACAAAAAUAUGGCCCAAGAAAAUGAAUAUAAGAUAACUUUUUAUUGUUUGUGUGGGUACAGUAAAUAUAUAAAUGAUGGUAAUGAAUGGAAACAAGUAAUAAAUUGUUAUUAUGAUGAAAAAAAUGAACUAAAACCAAAAGCCCCUUAUUUAUUUUGUACGAAAUGUAAAGAAAUGUUAAUAACUAAUAGAUUUCUUGAUAAAGAUAAAACAAAAAUUAUAAUGGUUUGUGAAUGUGGUAGUCGAAAUUAUGAUAGAACCAAUUCGUUUUGGUCGAGGCGAGGUAAUAUUAAGCAAAGAAAAGCACCUCAAAUUUUAUGUGAAGAAUGCAAUUCUAAAAUGUGGGUACAUACAUGGCUAGAUGAUAUAGGAUCAAAAGUAAAAUUAUUAUGUAAAUGUGGCUUUAAAAACUUUUUAAAAAAAAAUAAUAAUUGGGUUAGAAGCCCAAGAUGGAAAAAACCGGUCCCAUUAAUAAUAUGUAAUUCUUGCCAACAAAAAAUGUACAUGAGCCAAUGGUUAAGUAAUGAUGGUACAAAAGUUAAAAUGAAAUGUGAAUGUGGAUGGAAAACAUUAAUAAAAGAAGGCAAUACAUGGGUUCGUAGUGAAUGGUCUAAAAAAUUGUUGUGUCUUAGAUUAGUUAAAAACCCCGAUUUAUUACAAAAAAAAUAUCAAGUUCAUUCGAAAAAGAAAAAUAAAUUGCAGGAUGGAAAUGAGUUAUUAUAUAUCGAUGAAAACAAUAAUAUAAAGCAGUGUAAUAAUGAAAUGAAUCCCUCUUUAGCUUGCGAUCCAAUGAUAAAAAAUAACCAAGAUGUGUUUGUAACUAGUUUAAGCAAUUGCAUAAAUGGCAUCAAUAAUAGUGAUAAUAAUAAUAGUCCUAUGUUAGACAACCAUGCAUUAAGUUAUAGCCACAAUGAUAUUAUUAAUAUAAGAACCUCGAGGUCAAUAAUAGGUUCCGAAAUAAAUAAUAGCAACAAUAUAUUUCAACAAAAUGGGCAAUUUUUGAAUAAUGUAGUCAUAAAUCAUGGCAUUGAUAUUAUAAAUAAUGAUUCAGGCUUUCAAGGCGAAAUUAAAGAAAACCAUAAACAAAAGAAUAUGACUCUAAAUAAUCCUUAUGAUAAUAUUAUUCUAGAAAGUAGUCAAAAUAACAGUAGUAGUAGCCAUAUUAAUAAAGAUGCAAAUGCCGGAUAUAAUAGCAUUCAAAAUUCUGUAAAUAACUAUUUAAAUUGCAAAACUAACUACAGUAAUAAUAGCAAUAAUGAUGGGGUAUUUUUAGAGCCAAACCAGGAUUAUUAUUUAAGCAAUAAUAAAGAUGAAACUAAUAUAGUAUUAAAUAAAUCAAAUACUACUGUAAAGAAUAAGAAAAAAAAUAUGGGAUUAAAUGAAAAAUGUAAAACCAAUGAAUCCAAAAAGACAAAUAAUAAAAGAAAAGCAAGUAAUAAUAAUGAUAAUAAUAAAUAUUGGGAAAAUGGAAAUCUUGAUAUGAUAAUAUCAAAUGAUAAUAACACAAAAAAAAACCAAGGGGCUUUAUUGUAUAAACAAAAUUUUAAAAAGAAAAAGAAUAUGGGACCAAAAGGAAAAAAUAAUAAUCCGGAAAAUAUUUUAAUCGGUUCUUCAGUUCCGUUGGAUUCAACAGGUUCGACUAUAAUAUCUAAUUCAGUAGUAAGAGAAUGCUCAUUAAUAUAUGAUGAAAAUGCCUCAAAUAUACAAAGGUAUAAAUCUCAACAAUCGAACAAUAGUGAUAAUAUAAAUAAUCGGGAAGAUAUAUUGAAACAAAGAAAUGACCAUUCUUAUGGCUUUUAUAAUAUAGAAAGACCAAUUGAUGAAAAUAGUUUGAAUAAUAAUUUUAAUAAAAUAUAUUGUGAUAAUACUAAUGUUAAUACUAUUAAUAAUAAUGGCACUAAGGAUAGUAAUGAUAACCAUAGAGAUAAUGGGGAGAAUAAUAAUAGCAAUUCUAAUACUAGUGGAAAUAAUAAUGACACUAAUGAUAAUAAUAGUAAUAAAAAUAGUGGCAAUAGUAAUCCAAGUACUUGUUAUUAUGUUAACAAUUAUUAUGACCAUCAAAAUUAUGACAAAUCUUAUUUUAACCAUCCAUAUGUUAUUUCACAUUUUAAUGAAAAUACAUUUAAUAAUAAUAAUGACAUAAAUUCCAAUAAUACGCAUGAUGCAUAUAAUAAUAUAUUAAACACUACAUAUAAUCAUGCAAAUAACAAUUUUGAUAUGAAUUAUAAUCCAAAUUUACCCACACAUCAUAUUGAUGAUAAAAAAAAAUACUUGCUAGAGCAUAUAGAAAAAUUAAACUUUAAUUUAAGUGAAAAUAAUAUAAAUAAUUAUCUCGAAAAUAAUUUAAUUGAGAAUGUUAAUGAUCAAAAAAAUGACAAUAAAAAUAAAAAGGAAAAAAAGAAAAAAAAAAUGGAUCCAAAUGAUAUAAAUGUAAAUUAUCAAAAUGAUGUAGCCCAAACAAAUAUGAGCACAAAUGAACUAUAUAAUGAAAGUGGGGGCAUAAUGAAAUAUGUAAAAAAUAUUACAAAUAUUUUCUCCAGUAAUAAGGAUAAAAAUGAUACUAAUGUUGAUAACCAAAACGAUAACACUACUAAUAAUAACAAGAAAAAAAAUAAAGGUCGAAAUGCUAAUAAAAAAGAAAAUGCCUCAAAAAAUGAAAAUAAAGGAAAUGGUGAAAAUGAUAAGACUUCAAGUACCAGCAUCGUAAAUGAAAACUUAUUGGUCGAUAGUGAAUCAUGCAAAGAUGGAAACAUUUAUUUAAAAAAAAAUAAUGUAAAUCACAAUAAGAAUGAUUUUAAAGAUUAUUUUCCAUUUUCUUCUAGCCAUAAUGAAAAUCCUCAAUUUAUAGAAAAUGAAUAUUGCAACGAAUCUACUAAUAUAUACAAUAAUAUUUUAAAUUUGCAAGCAAUCAAUGAAAAAUUGAAAAAUGAAAAUCCUUCCACUUUUAAAUCACAAAUACCUGAUGUUGCACAAGAAAAAAAUAAUAUGAACGAAAUAUUUUGUAAUUAUAAUUUUAGUUCAGAUAGUGAGGAAAAACAAUGUGCCCAUGAAAUAAAAUAUAAAAUAAAUGAUUUUUUAACUAUAUGUACAAAUUGCCAUGAGUAUAUAAAUAAUAAUAUGGAUUGCAAUAAAAUGAUAUCUAGUAAUGUAUUGCCUGAAUCUUCUAAUAAUUCUAUUUGUAAAAUGAAUAUCCAUGAAAAUGAUUCCGAAUAUAAGAAUAUGAAUAAUUAUGAUCAUAUAAUUAAAAAUAAAAAAAAUAUGAACAGUUACCAUAAUGAGCAUAUUUAUAAUUCACUGAAAAUGGACAAUAACUAUUCUAUGAAUUUUUUAGAUCAUCAAAAUAUAUGUGAUACGAAUUAUUUAGGAAAUAAUAAUUGUAAAAAUAGUAAUAGAAAUACCACUAUUAGCAAUAAUAAUAGGGCUAGUAAUAAUAAUACGAAAAAUUGUAUUAAUGAUGAUAGUAAGAAUACAAGCCAAUGUUAUAGCUCUCCCGAAAAUGACGCCACAACACCAACUAAUGGAAAAUCCAAUAAUGAUAAUAUUCACAUUAUCGAAAAUGUAGAUGAAUUUAACCAUUUAUAUAAUCAAUAUUGUGAGUACUAUUUAAAUAAUGGUACGAUAGAUGAUAACCAAAUUAAAAGCGAUUAUAUAACUAAUCUUUUUUUCCAAUAUCAAAAUUCCUAUGCUCAAAAUAGCGAUAAAUGUAUAAACAGCCAAACACCCCCAUUAGAAAGUGAUAAAUUAUAUUUUAGUGAGGAAAAUAAAUACAUAAGUGAUUCAACACAAUAUAUGAACGAGGAAAUAAAUUCAAACGAAAAAAUAGGAUAUGAUGAAAAAAAUUCUAAUAACAAUAAUAGUGAUGAUAAUUAUCAAGAUAAUUACGAAAAUUAUAUUAAAACAGAAUGCAAUACUAAUGUGUGCUAUAAUAUUAUACAUACAUAG